AUGUUUGCCUUUAGGACUUUCGCCCGUAAUACUCCUAGUCUGUCAAGAUGGUCACAGGUCCGGAGUGUCUCGACAUUAGAAGGUCAUCCCCACAUUUAUGUUUUCCCAUCUAAUGGAAGCCACAUCUUGUCAUUGUUGCCGUCAGAGCCUCCAAACUCUAGAUUGUCCAUUGGCGUCACCUCUAAACUGCCCCCUACGACGGACUCCUUUAGGGAGAACCCAGAAUUCCUGAAGAUCCUACAGGAUGUGGUUUCCGAGUAUGGCCACCAGGACCCGGACGCUGUCUCCCAAGCCCAGGUGAUGGUGUCUACAUCCGGCGCUAACCUGGGCUCUGGUGGUGUCCUGUUGACGGGUGGACGUGCCAGAAGACGGCAUAGUGCAGCAGAUUCCAGCGGUGGAGCGAGCGGCCAAGGUGGUGCUGGAUCUGCCGGGCGAGGAGGCUGGAUACACAUUUCGGACAACCGGCGGCCACCUGAGUAUGGCCGGAUCGCAUGGCCCGAAGAUAUCUUUGGAAGUCUUGAGGUCGAUGGUGACGGUAGUUUCGUGGGAAGCAACGGAAAUUAUCAGCCAAGUGGUACUUAUCGGAUCGUGACUCGAGACGGAAUUUUGGGGUUGAGUCCAUUCCUUAGAGAAAAGUUGGUACAGAGGCUGCGUCAACAGGGGAGUCAAUAACGGACGCAUUGAGAUACCAUGUACAUUAUUCGACUGUAUUUUAUUGAACUUGAUGAUAACUAUAGCUAAACUGCAGGCCAGUUUGGUUCGAAUCGCA